CACACCGAUCUCUGGUCCACUCCUGAGAAUGAAAAGCGACACGGCAGCACCCAGCGUCAGAGCUCUUGAUAUAGUGACAGUGGAAUAGAUCUAAGAUGACUGAAUAGCAGGACCACAGGACGGUCUACCCGAACCAACACCUGAGGCACCACAGAUUGGUAUGGUCAACACGUGCUCGCUGUGUUUUUCUGACUUUGAUAUCUGAGGAAAUACUUCACUCAUAUCAACUUGGCUCUUCAAGCAGACCGACAGCCUUGCAUCAUGGGGGUUGCGGUCUAUAAUAUCUCUGCCACCUCAGCCAGAGUGAGCUGGCCGUCGUCCCCCAGCUGCCUGGACACCUUCUACAGCGUCAUGUACGACCCAAACUGGAACAGCCUGCUCAUGGGCUACAAGCGCAAGAGCUUCAUGCACGAGGAACGCAUCCCUGUCAGUCAGACCAGCACGCACCUGGCAAACCUCCUCCCCCAGACCGCCUACUUCCUGUGUGUGACGUGUCAGGCGGCCAAUCCAGUGCGGGACCAGUGCCAGGUGUUCAGCACUCCGAGUGACAGCAGCGAAGGUCACGACAGGGCCGGUUGGGAGCUCGCCAUGGGCGUCUGGCUGACCUGCUGCAUCUUGCUCCUGGUCAUCGCUGGCGUCCUGUUAUGGGGAUGUCUCCACACCAUCUGCUCCCUCCCCAGUCAGGCCGCAGACAGCUGCCAUGUCAUGACCAACUCAUCCCGUCAAGAUAUGUCCGGAUCCGGACGCCUCUACGCUCCCAGACGCACCAGCGAGGACAGCGGCAAACGCGGCAGCAUCAUGCAACCCUCCCUUCUCUCGACGCAGAGUGCUGGCCACAUAAUUACCCAGGACCACGAGCUGAGGACAUUCGCUAAGCUGUCUGGCACCGAGCCAGCAUGAAUCAACUGGAUUGAGGUCAUCAUAGCAUUGUUUUGCUUGGCCUGAACUGCCCCUGAGGGGGUUUUUAUCCACAGAUAAAAAUCUACAGAGCCGGGG